ACCAAAAUCCUUCCCACACUAUCACGUUCUCUUCCGCUUUCUAUAAUACACUUCAACACUCCCAAACACUCUACCAUUAUUUUACCAAGUUGCGAGACAGCAAAUACACAGGCCAGAGAGAGAGAGAGAGAGAGAGAGAGAGAGACCCACGAAGUAACCGAUGUAAACAAACAAACACCUACACAUCUGUGCAUUCCUACCACCUGCUGCUGCCACAUUGUCUGGCCUUCACUUUGCCUUCCAGUCAUUCCAUCUCCACGCUGCCCUCCACUCUCACUGCACCUCCAAAGACACCUUCCCCCUUCUCUUUCUCUCCCUCCACACACACACACACACACACACCUAUCAAUCUAUCACGUCCAUCCAUCCAUCUAUCUAUAGACAACUCAUUUUCACCAGUCUGUCUAUUGCUUCCGCCUAUACAUCUCUGUCAUAUCUACUUCCAUCCCUCCCCCCAGACCAUCCAUUCAUACAUCACCCCGCUUCCACCACCACCGCCACCGCCACAGCCAUGGUCGCCCUUCAGUGUGAUGUCCACGUAUCUAAAAGCCUUCAGUGGCUGCGGGGGCGGGGGGAGCUGUGUGACGUGGUGGUGGUGGGCGGGAAUGGGCAGCACACCACAGCCCACAGCUGUGUUCUGGCAGCACACUCGACUGUCAUCGCCGCCGUGCUGCAGGGGAGGCUGGCGGCUCACAAGGACUGGUCUGUGAUGCGGCCCCUGGUCAUAACUGUAGGCAACACCAUGGCUGCUGCUCCUGCUGCUGCUGCUGCUGCUGCUGCUGAUGACACCGCCACCACCACCACUACCAACAACAACAACAACAACAACAACAACAACGUAAUGGAAGUGCUCAUUGCAUUACUGUAUGGUGAAAGUGUGGACGUCCCCGCAGCACUCCUCUCCUCCCUCCUUCACCACGCACAGCUCCUUGGCCUCUCUCACCACAUAUACUCCAGUUUACAGGCCUCUGGGGGAGCUGAGGGGGCUGGCAGGACCCACACCAUUCCUAGACGCAAGCACACACGCAAACCGGUGCUGGAAAACGCAGGAACGACCAUGCCAGGGGGGAAAAAUGCAAAAAAUUUACGUCCGAGUGCUUGCGAGGGCAGUGGCUGGCAGGGUGAUGGGUGUGAGGGUGUAGGUGGCCAGGAGGUGAAGAGGGGAGAAGGGAAGGGUGGUCAGGAGGUGAAUGUUUGUGGGAAGGUGAUUAGUGGUGGUGUGGUGGGUGCUGUGUGUGAGGGAAGUGGUCAUUUUGAAAGUAAACCUUAUGAAAGAACCAGAAAUUUUGAGGGUAAAAUUUGUGAGGGAGUUUGUGAAGGUAAAGCUUGUGAGAAUGUUGGCAAUAGUAAUGUGGGGAGUAAAGCUUGUGACAGGACCAACAAUUUUGAGAGUAAAGCUUGUGAGAGAACCAACAAUUUUGAAAGUAAAGCUUGUGAGAGAACCAACAAUUUUGAAAGUAAAGCUUGUGAGAGAACCAACAAUUUUGAAAGUAAAGCUUGUGAGAGAACCAGCAACUUCAACGACAAGGCGUGCGAGAAAGUCACCAACCUGGAUGUGAAAAUAUGCAAUGAAAAAACCAUCACUUCAGGAACGACUGUCACUGACAAAGUGGCCAACGAGACUCCAUGCAUCAACGUUUUGUGUGACAACCCGGACACUCACAUGGACACACACACCAUACUGGAACUGUCUCUGCUGUGUGGGGGCGUCGAGCGGGAGAUCCACACCGCACAGUCUCCCUGGAACGACACAGCGCAGACAGCAACCCAGACACAGCAGGAUGCAGAGACAGCAGAGAUUCUUGGCCUUGUCAUAACAGCAGAGGGCACAGCAGGGGAGGAGAAACAGCAGGAGGCGCAGCAGAAGAGGCAGAAGGGCAGGAUGGUCGGCAAAGGGCUGCUAUGUGAAGUCUGCGGCAUGAGUUUUCAGCGCUGUGGGGACCUGGUGAAGCACGUACAGCAUUCACAGCAUUUCUCGCAGCAGUGUCCCCUCUGUUUUGUGCAGGUGCGGGAGGAGGAGGGACAGCGGCUGCAUUUUGCCCAGCACGAUCAUGAGUUGCCCUUCUUCUGUGUGUACUGUGACCUGCGCUUCAGAACCCGUGCCGCCCUCACCAUGCACACCCCUAAGCACUCCACCAACAAACCGUUUGUGUGCAGGGACUGUGGGCGCGGGUUUAAGUGGCGGCACGCUCUACAGGCCCACUCCUACACACACAGCGCCACGAGUCGUCUCCUGUGUGAUGUUUGCGGCUUCUCUUCUAAGUACGUAACGACUUUCAAGGCUCACCUCCUGCACCACUCUGGGUCCACGUUCUCUUGUCCUCACCCUGGCUGCUCCUUCUCCUCCUCCAGGAAAACGCACUUAAACGAUCAUUACGCGACGCACUCCAAGUUACGGGUGCACCAGUGUGAGGUCUGCGGCCACUCCUUCUCCCACGCCAAGAAUAUGAGAAGACACAUGAAACUGCACGCACCCUCAGCCAACCUCCUGCAGUGCUCCAGCGUCUCCAAACUCCAGUGCUCCUUCCAGACAACACGACUCGACAAACUGCGUAGCCACCUUGCCAAGAAGCAUGGCAUAGACCACUCCACCAAUGCCUCUGGCUCAUCCACGGCUGCCUCCACGUUUAGUGCGAAAAAUUCCACUUGCGUUCCGCCGAUUGUGACGGGAUUCGGAUGCAAACGGCAGGAGGGUCUCAUGGAUGGUCAGCCGGAUUUGCGUGUCGAUCGCAUGGAUGGUUCAAGUGUGGCAAGUGAUUUGGGUGGCAAGGUUUGUCAGGAUCAGUCUGUUGUGGUGAUGAAUGAUGUCCCCCAAGACAACUUCUCUGUUUUGGUCGUGUCGCCGGAAAUUGUCAAACUGACGGACAUACAGGGGCUGGGGAACGGACACACGGACGCACACACGCAUGGACAGACUCAAACAGACGGUAGAAAGCAGGAAAACGGCCAAACGGAAAACGUGACAGAGAUUUCCGACGCUGAUGCCUUCUCGGCGGAUUUCUUGGUCAACCAUGAGCUUCUACUGGACAAGACAGAUGGGGUGGAUGGACAAGUGGAUGACAGAAUGCAUCCACUCCCCCCUGAGCUUCUCGGCGGAAAGAUGGAGGCGGUGGAGGGUGGAGGAGUGAUGACUUAUGAAACAGAUCCAUGUGUGUUGGAGGUGAUGGAGGUUGAGGAGGAGGAAGAGGAGGAGGAGGAGGAGGAGGAGGAGGUGGUGAUGGGGGAGGAGGAAGAGGAGGCAAGGAAGAGUGAGAAUGAGAGAGUGAGGGAGAGAGAGAGAGAGCAAGAGACAGAAAAGCAAUGUAUGGAUUCUCUCAAUAUUUUGGAGUUUAUGUUGGAUAAUGUUACUAAUUAGAGAGAGAGAGAGAGAGAGAGAGAGAGAGAGAGAGAGAGAGAGAGAGAGAUUAAAGUACAAAGAAUGCAUGUGUAUAUGUGUGUGUGUGUGUGUGUAAUUAAUAACUUCAAUUAUAUUUUCAGAUACAAGUGUUUGCAUAAUGAUAAUAAUAAUAAUAAUAAUAAUAAUAAUAAUAAUAAUAAUAAUGAGACAAACUAUAUGGAAAUAAAAUAUCUGUAUAAUAUAUAGAUUAAAACACACACACACACACAAACACAUGUACACAUUUAUAAUAAAAACACACACAAAAAAUGUUACAGUUUUAUUUACAAUCCUUAUUAUUAUUCAUAUUAUUCAUUACAUAAGCACUCGGGGAACAAACUGAGGAAAUUAAAAAGACAAUAAUAAUAAUAAUAAUAAUAAUAAUAAUAAUAAUAAUAAUCACAUUCAUUCUGUUGUGUUAAGUUGCGAUCUCUCUCUCUCUCUCUCUCUCUCUCUCUCUCUCUCUCUCUCUCUCUCUCUCUCUCUCUCUCUCUCUCAGUGUUUCUCUAUAAGUGUAUAUCUGACUGUGAUUCUCUCUCUCUCUCUCUCUCUCUCUCUCUCUCUCUCUCUCUCUCUCUCUCUCUCUCUCUCCACUAAAACAUGAGUUUCUUAAUCUCAAAUUUUCAGUUUUCUUUUCACUUGUCUUCACAAUCUUGGCCAACUUUUUGUCUCCUGUUUACUUUCUUCUUCAAUCAUAUUAAUUAUUCUCUUCUUCCCCUUCUGCAGUUUUUAUUUUCUUUAAUUUCUUUUUUUUUCAGUCUUUUCUCACUUUCUUCGUUUUCUCUCAUGAGUAUUAUGUACACACACAACUAUAGUAAUAAUAAUAAUAAUAAUAAUAAUAAUAAUAUGUACACAAAAUUACCAGGAAGAGCAAAUUACGUACAUAUGUAGACAACUAAACACACACACA